GGCCGAGCAGGGGCUCAGGUGCCCGGGCCAGCCCCUCGCUGGGGGCCGCCGUCUAUGAGACGCCGGCGGGGCCGCCCUCCAGCGCCGGGGGGCGGCUCAGCCCCGGCGAGCAGGGCCGGGCAGGGCCGGGCCGCGGGGGGGGCCGUGCGGCGGGUGGCACCCCCCCUUCUCGUUUCCUCCUCCUCUUCCUCCUCCUCCUCCUCUUAACUUGGCCGCGGCGGCGCGGGGCGGUGCGCUUCGCCCUCCGCCGGCGGCGGGGGAUGCGCGGGCGGCGGCGGGAUGGCCUCGGCCGUGUUUGAGGGCACCUCGCUGGUGAACAUGUACGUGCGGGGCUGCUGGGUGAACGGGAUCCGGAGGCUCAUCAUCAGCCGCCGGGGCGACGAGGAGGAGUUCUACGAGAUCCGCACCGAGUGGUCGGACCGCAACAUCCUCUACCUGCACCGCAGCUACUCCGACCUCGGACGCCUCUUCAAGCGGCUCCUCGACUCCUUCCCCGAGGACCGGCCCGAGCUGUCUCGCUCCCCCUUGCUCCAAGGGCUCAUCACAAUAAAAGAAGCCCAUGAUAUAGAAGCCAGGCUUAAUGAAGUGGAAAAGCUUCUGAAGACUAUUAUAAACAUGCCCUGGAAGUAUUCAAGAUCUGAAGUUGUCCUUACGUUCUUUGAGAGAUCUCCUUUGGACCAAGUUCUAAAAAAUGACAAUGUCCAUAAAAUUCAGCCAAGCUUUCAAAGUCCAGUUAAGAUAUCAGAAAUCAUGCGAUCGAACGGAUUUUGUUUAGCCAACACUGAAACAAUAGUCAUUGACCGCAGUAUACCCAAUGGGAAGGAGAAGCACCUGGAUGUAGAUUCAGCAGAACACUUGUUUGAAAGUGUAAGUGACUUUACCUCAGAGCUAGAAGACAGUGAUGAUCCAACAGCUUAUGUCACCAAUCUGACAUACUACCACCUGGUCCCAUUUGAGACUGAUAUUCUGGACUGAGGCUGCUCAGUGACACAGUCAGCCAGCAUCCAGCCAACCUCUUCGUCCAUGGGCUCUGCUGUCUUCAGCGUUGCGUCUCCGUGAAUAAAUCCGUGCAGCCAAGACCAACCACAGAGAAGUUGCGGCAUGUAUGCCACAAAGCUGCUUUUGUAGUCUGGCCCUCUGUUGUGCGUUAUGGAGACAUCUUGUAAGGAGGUGACUGUUUCACUGUUGACAGACAACAAGCUCAUUUUCCAUGAAGGCAAGGCAGCAGAGGCCCCUUGGGGCUCAAGGAAAUCUCUGCUAUGUCUGUGGGCGCAGCCGUGGGAAAGGCUGUCACCCAUGCUCCUUGGCUUGCAGCGCGAGUUGAGGCUUCCUCUUUCAGGAUACCGCCAGAAACUUCCCCAGAUGGCGUGACCACACUUUUUAUGCUGUGUAAGCAAGAAGGCAAGCAAACCAGCUGGAUUCUGUCAGUUCCCUCUGCGGUUGCUUAGUAUGAGGUCUUGUGGGUCACUUUUUGCUCAGCUACCAGAUGACUGGUGCCUUACACGAGAUGUCAGAAAUACCAUUGAGUGCCUCCAGGAAACAGAACACAUGAGCUGACCACUUUGCUUCUUUUAACCAUGAGUUUUUAUAUAACUGCUGAAGAGGCAAUUACUCUUUCCUGGAAUAGUAAAGCAGACAACAGCUGGCAUUGCAGUGGACUGGGCAUGAUGUUUGGGUACCUGUAGAUUUCAGAGAGCUGGAAAGCUGAUGGGAAAGCUGAGCAGCUAAGAACAACCAGGGCUAUGGCAGGCACUCGGAUAUGUUUUUUUUUUUAUGUGGACCAGCAAAUGUGAAUGGUGCUUACAGUUGUUUACAUCAGAGAGAUAUUUCCCUAUGCAUAAUCCUCCCCAGAGGAUGAGGAGGAAGACAAUGAGAUUUUGUUGUGUUUGGACUGGAAAAGAAUGAUAAGCUACAGUGUGUAUACAAUGCUAGGAAAAACACUCUCCACUGCCAGCCUGGCUCAAGGAGUCUGUCUAGCUUUUUGAGAUCUGCCUGCGGGGCCAGGUGCAGGCUUCGUUGUCAUGUAAUGCCAUGGAUUUUGGUGGAGGUAGGACAGUGUGAGCAUGAGUGCAGUUGGGCCCUGCAGCCUCUUGACUACUGAGUGGUGCAAUGAUAAAAUCUCCUUGGGGUCUCUCACUCUUGUGGAGCGCUUCAAAAUCCCGGCUCUCACUGUGGGUGCUCAACACUCGCCAAUGUGGCCUGUCAUUGAGCUCUUUGCUGCCUGUUUGCAAACAUGAAUUUGAAGGGAUGUAAGUGAGAAGGAAUGCAUUUUGGACUUGUUUCUUGGUAAAGGGGCUUGCUUGGUCCUGACAAAGUUGAUACAGCUCCCUUCUGCAGACUUUUCAUUUCUAUCUAUAGACUAACAGUCAAACAAAAUUUGCUAAUGUAAAUAAUAAAUUAUUGAGAAUCCUAAUUCUUUUACACAGUAUGUUUUUGGAAUAUAUUUUAAUGAAAUAAAAUACAACUCACAUUCAGUACACUUCUGCAACUUAAAA